AAAUUCCAAAUUCCAUUGUUGUUGAAAAUGGAAUAUUUGCGUAUGUCUUUCACUUUUAAUUGGAAUGUGUUUCUUCCCACAGUAUCUUAAACAUAUUGCGGAAACAAAAGGUUAACAUUAAAAUCAUGGAGAGCGUAAAUUUCAGUGAUAAAAUCGAAAAUUAUUUUUCGGAACUGGGUCGAUGGAAAGUGUGGCGCAGUAUCCUCUUGGGUCAAGUACUGUCACUGUUGCUCAGUGGAAAGUGCAUACUGACCACACUGCUGCAAAGUGCCACGUGGCAGUUCCCCACCACUGCACAGCUUGUGGUUCCUUACAUAGCUCUGUUCAUAUUGUUCACUCCAUCUUUAUUGUGUAGUGGGCUGAAGAAGUUAUCGAAAAAAUGGUGGUUAGUGCUGAUAGCCUGUACGCUAGACGUAGAAGCCAGUUGGCUGCUAGUGUUGUCCCAGCGUUUCACGUCAGUGUUGAGCUGACAGCUGCUAGCGUGCAGCGGCGUGGGCGCAGCACUUGUGGGCGGCGC